GGCUUUUCAUGUUUGAAGUAGGGCUUUUUAGUCCUGGAAGCAAGGGAAAGAGGGGGAGACUGUUUUGGAACUAUGGAGGUUGAUACGAAGCUCCUCCUGCAUGUCUGCUUCAGAGUCUGAGAUCACUGGAAGCGAGGAAGCAAAGAAAAAAUUAUCUCUGAUCCCUAGAACUGGUCUAAAGGUCUCGUGCCUGUGUGUACAUUAGGGUGUUUCACUGAGCAAAAGAAGGAUAGAAGAGGAGGCUUCAUUCAUUCAUUCCAGGUCUACUUUGAGUGGCAGCUCUCCUGGCCUGUAAGUGGUUAAACACCAUUGCUCAGACACACCAUCCUCCUUCGUAGCCUGAGUGAGCCCAAUACAUUGUUCCUGCCUUCAGCAGGGGUGAUUACAUGGGCCGAGUUCAGGAUGUGGGCUGGGCAACUGCAGGACUGGUGAUCUGGGCUGGCACUUGCUACUGCAUUUACAGAUUAACCAAGGGAAGAUCUCAGAGUGGGAGCAGAUUUGCCAGAAAUGGGUCCAGGAUCGAGACGGAGACUGAGGUUGGGGUACAGAACCAGACCGUGGCCACAGGUGAAGCCAUGGCUGGAGCAGAGACUAGAGUCAAGACUGAACCAGAAACUGGAGAAGGAGGUGAGCCUGUGGCCGAAGCAGAUCCCACGGUCCCUGUUCUAGCUAGAACCAGUAUCAACUGUCAGGUCGAGACAAUGCUUGAGGAGGAGGGAGAGACUCAUUCUGAGACCAGUUCAUUGGUGGAAACUGUGGUCAUGACAGACGCAGUGACUUUUACUGAAGCCACAGCCAAAGCCAAAGAAGUGACCAUGAAAGAGGCAGUCACACAAACUGAAGUUGAGACUGAGGAAGUAGGCAAGAAAGAGGCAGUGACGCAGACCAAAGCUAAAGCUUGGGAAAUGGCUGGCAGGGCAGAGGUCAAGAAAGAAGCAAUGACCCAGACCAAAGCAGAAGCUCCUCCAUUGGCUGAAAAAGAGACAGAGAUUAACAGAGUAACAGUGACUCAGAGUGAGGUCUUGGCAGUGACCAAGGAAGUAGUCAAGAUUGGAACCAUGAAUGAGACUGGAAUUGUGGCAGAAGCCACGAUAAGAACACUGGAAGAGACUGUGAGUGUGACUAGAACUCAAUCUGAGACUAGGCUUGGUGUCACAGUUGAUACUAAUGAAAAUCCCAUUGAUAUGCCCCUUGUAGUGGCUGGAGUGGACGUGAAGUCCUAUGCACAGUCUCAGGCUGUGGACAUAAUCCAAAAUGAUGACAUGAUCGGUGAUGAGGUUGACGACAAGGAGAAUCUCAAAAGCACGUCUGAGGCAGGGUCUGGGGUAGAUACAAAGGCUUCUGAUCAGCCCCCUAUUGUUGUCAACAUUCUGGCUGAAGCCAUGCCGGGGGCAAGGGAUGAUGCUUGUGAUAAUACAAAUGACAUUUGUGAAGCAGAGGCAGAUAUGACAACUUGUAUAAUACAACCUGAGACUGUGGCCACGAUACAGGCUGAGACAACGUCUGGUGCCACCACGACUGAUGACGGGGAAGAUGCCAAUGUUGUCUUUAAGGCAGUGACUGGUGCUGACAUAGCUGAUACCGAUCCUCAAGCUGUAACCAGUGACGAGACUGAAGCCAUGCCUGAUGCCAAGGUUAAGGGUAAAGGUAAUGCCACUGCCAUGGCUAAAGCAGGGACCAAGGCAAACACGAAAACCAAUUUGCAGACUGAUGCCUUGCCUGAUACCGAGGAAAAAAACAUAAGUGAUCCCAGCGAUGUGGCUAAGGCAGAGGCUAGCGGAGACGUGGUUUUCUGUACCCAGACUGAGCCUGUGGCCAAUGUCCAGGGUGAUGACUUGCCUGAUGGCAAAAUCAAGGCUAAGGACAAUGCCAAUGCCAUAUCUAAGGAAGGGGCUCAGGCUACGGCCCAGAGCCAAGGUGAAGCCUUACCUAAUACUAAAGGUAAGGCUAGAGGCAAAGCCAAAGCCAAGUGUAAGGCAGGAGCUGCAACGGAUGUGAAAGCGUGUGCACAGCCUCAAGCUGGGACGAAAACCCAAGCUGAGACCUUGUCUGAUUCCAAGAUUGAUAGCAAAAGUGACUCUAAUGCCACGUCUAAAGCAGGGGCAAAGUCAGACAGUUGCCAGAAUGAGGCCCUGCCUGGUACUAAGAAUAAGGUCAAGGGCAAUCCAAGUCCUGUGCCUAAGGCAGAAGCUGGGGCAGCUACAGUGGGCUCUGCCCAGACCAACGUUGUGACCAGUUCCCAGGGUGAGAGUGCACCCGGUGCCAAGAAUAAGGUCAAGGGUAAUCGCAAUUCUGUGCCUAAAGCCGGGCCUGGACCAGACACUACGGAUUCUGCCCAGUCCCAGACUGUAGCCACUUCCCACAGUGAGAACUUACCUGGUGCCAAGAAUAAGGUUAAGAGCAAUCCCAAUGUUGUGCCUAAGGCAGAGGCUGGGGUGGGUGCCUGUCCCCAGUCUGUGGCCAUUUCCCAGGGUGUUGCCUUGACUGGUACCAAGACUAAGGCCAAGGGCAAUUCUAGUGCUGGGUCGAAACCAGAUGCUGGGGCAGGAACGAUGGGCUCUGUCAAGGCUGUGGUCAGCACCCAGGGCGAGACCGUACCUGGUUCCAAGAGUAAGGUUAAAGGUCAUCCCAAUGCUGUGCCUAAGGCAGAGACUGGGGCAAGUACAAUACUGGCUUUGGCUUCUUCCCAGGCGGAGGCCCUGCUUGGUGCCAGAAAUAAGGUCAGGGGCAAUUCCAACACUGUGCCUAAGGCAGAGGCUGGGUCAGGUACAAGGAGCUCUGCUCAGUCCCAGGCUGUGGUCAGUUCCCAGAAUGAGACUUUGCUUGGGGCCAGGAAUAAGGUCAGAUCCAAUGCUAGUACUAAAUCAGGAGCCAAAACAGGUACAAGGAGCUCUGCUCAGCCCCAGGCUGUGGUCAGUUCCCAGAAUGAAGCUUUGCUUGGGGCAAGGGAUAAAGGUCUGUCCGGUUCACAGGUAGGAGCCACUGUAGACAAUAAGAUGUAUGCCAGGCCCGUGGCAGGUGCUGUGCCCACUUCUGAAAUUGUGAGUGGGGUAGGUGCUCAGCCUAACAUGCACGAUUAUUACUGGAAUGGGAUUGGUGUUGAGGACUGGAUUGCUGCCGAGCGGUGGAUCAAAUUUAGGUUUCAGACCAUGGAUGGAGACUGGGAGAACACUGUAUCCUGGACUGAUGAAGAGAAUGCAGCCAAUGUCGGGCCCUGGAGUGGGGCUAAUGAGAAGACUGGCAUUGUUAGUUCCUGGGCUGUGGCUUGUGAUGAAAACAGCAUUAAGUCCUGGACUGGGGCUAGGACUGAGAAUGAGGUUGCUCUUGGGUCCUGGGUAGGUGCUGGUGACCAGGCCAGUGGGGCAAUCUGGGCAGGAGCUCAGGCUACUGAGGCCACUGGAGGCUCCUGGACUGGGGCUGAGAACCAGAUCAGUGCAGGUUCUUGGGUUGUCUCUGGAAACCAGGCCAUUGCAGGGCCCUGGGCUGUGAGUCAGGUUAGUGACGGGUCAUGGCCUGCAGUCCAGGCCAGUGGAGUGUCCUGGGUAGUGGACCAGGCUACUGGGACCUGGACUGUGGCUGACAAUCAGGCUGGUGCAAUGUCUUGGACUGGAGCUGGCAAUAUAGUUAGUAUUGGAUACUGGACUGGGGCUGUAGACCAGACCAAUGCAGUGUCCUGGACAGGGACUGGUGAUCAGGCUGGUGGUGAGGUCAAGCCAAGGUUUGAAGAUCAGGCCAGUGAAAAGGGGACCUGGGCUGGAGCCGGUGUCCAGACCAGUGGAGAGUCCAGGUUGGGACCUGAGGAUCAGUCCAGUGGAAGGUCUUGGACUGAGACUGCAGACCAAGCUAAUGCAGCAUCCAGGCUUGGGACUGUAGAUCCAUCUGGUGGUGCAUCCUGGGCUGGCACUGGGGACCAGGCUGGUGGAGUAUCUACAUCAGGGUCUGCAGACCAGUCUGAUGGUGGAUCCAAACCUGGUUUUGAGAAUCAGACCACUGAUGAAGGGUCUUGGACUGGCACUGUUGGCCAGGCUAGUGGAGGGUCCAAGUCAGUGCCUGAGGAUCAGUCUGCUGGAAGAUCCUGGGCAGAUUCUGGAAACCAACUCAGUGGAGGGUUCUUGGUUGGGCCUUUGGACCAGGCCAAUGGAGAGUCUCAGCCUGGGUCUGGAGAACUGGCUGCUGGUGGAGUAGAUCAGUCCAGUGGAGGAGGAUGCUGGCCUGGUUCUGGGGACCAGUCUGGUGGAGAGUCUAGGAUGGGGCCCAGGGACCAAUCUAAUGGAGAGUCUUGGCCUGGCACUGGAGAGCAGACCAGUGGAUGGUAUUGUACUUACACUGGGAAUCAGACCAUUGGAGGAAGCUCUUGGGGUGGGGCUAGUGGUCAGGACGUUGGAGGGUCAAAGCCAGUGCAGGUGAACCAGACUACUAGUGGAUCCUGGCUUGUCACUGGGACUCAGAUCAGUGGUGUGUCCUGGACUGGUGAUCAGGUUGGUGGCUGUUCCAAGCCUGGAUUUGAGGAUCAGGCCAUUGGAGGAGGAUUCUGGGCUGGUGCUGGGGACCAGGCCACUGGAGGGUCCAGGCCAGCUGUGUCUGAGGGUCAGUCUAAUGGAGGAGUUUCCUGGGGUGGAGCUGGGAGUCAGGUCAGUGGAGGGUCCUGGGUUGGGCCUGUGGAUCAGACUAGUGGCUCUUCGAAAUCUGGAUUUGAAGAUCAGGCAUGUGGAGAAUCCUGGCCUGGGUCUAGGUCUAGUAAUGAAGCCAGUGGAGGAUCUAGGCUAGAUACACAAGACCAGGCCAGUGGAAGAUUCCUUGUAAGUGCUGAGGUGGAGGCCAAUGAAGGAUUUUGGUUUGGGCCUGGGAGUGAGGCCUUUAUAGGGUCUUGGUGCUGGACAGAGGAAGCUACUAUUUUGCCUAUAGCUGGUCUUAAAGAUGAGGCCAGUGUUGAAUCCACGGCAGGUACUAAGGAAGAAGCCACCAUUAGUUCUGGAUUGGGGGAUGAGAAGAAGAGCAGUACUGAGGAGACAGCUGUUACAGGCACCUGUGUUGGAGGUGAGGCUGAGACUGUGGCUGGAGCCGAGGCUGAGACUGUGGCUGGAGCCGAGGCUGAAGCUGAGACAGAGGCUAAGGCUGAGGCUGAGGCUGGAGCAGAGACAGAGGUUGAGGCCGAGGUGGGAGCAGAGACUAGGGCAGAGGCUGGGGUAGCCGAUUCUGAGACUGGAGCUGAGGCUGGUCCUAGAGUUGAGGCAGUGGUUGGGGCUGAAGCCGGAAUGGAAAUUUGGUCCUGGGAGGGAGAUGCAGCCUCUAAAGGGUCAAGGCUUGGGGCUGAGGCUGAGGCUGAGGCUGAGGCUGGAGUUGGGGGAGGGGCUGAGGCUGAGGCUGAGGCUGAAGCUGAGACUAGCAUGGGAUUUUGGUUCUGGGAUGGAGAUGCAGCUACUAAAGGAUCUAAGCGUGGAGCUGAGGCUGAGGCUGAGGCUGGAGUUGGAGCAGGGGCAGAGGCAGAGACUGAAGCUGUGGCCGAGACCAGCAUGGGAUUUUGGAUUUGGGACGGAGAUGCAGCCACUAAAGAGUCUAGGCUUGGGGCUGAGGCUGAGGCUGAGGCUGGAGUUGGAGCAGGGGCUGAGGCUGUGGCUGAGGCUGGAGUUGGAGCAGGGGCUGAGGCUGUGGCUGAAUCUGUGGCUGAGACCAGCAUGGAAUUUUGGCCCUGGGAUGGAGAUGCAGCCACUAAAGAGUCUAGACACGAGACUGAGGCAGAGGCUGGGGCUGGAGUUAUGGCUGAGGCUGGGGCUGGAGUUGUAGCCGAGGUUGGGGCUGAGACCAGAAUGGGGUUUUGGUUUUGGAAUGAAGACUCAACCACUAAAGGGUCUAGGCUUGGGGCUGAGGCUGCGGUUGGAGUUGUUGCAGAGGGUGGGGCUGAAGCCAGAAUGGAGUUUUGGUCCUGGGAGGGAGAUGCAGCCUCUAAAGGGUCUAGGCUUGGGGCUGAAGUAGAGGCUGGCUUAGGGUCUUGGACUUUCGCUGCAGAUGUAAAUGAUGAUGAUGAGGAGGAGGAGGAGCUAAGUAGAGAAUCCAGCCCUGGUAUUGAAGAGAUCAGUCUAAGAAACUUGUUUGGGGCUGACAGUGAGGACAAUAAUGACCUCAGAUCUACAAAUGAAAAAGAUGCCAAUUCUGAAUCUGGGACUGGGGAUAAGGUCAGCACUAAAGAUAAGUUUGAUGCUGCUGAUGGAGUUGACAUCCGAUCUUGGUUCUGUACUGGUAAUGAAAACAGAUGUGAGGACGAGUCUACAUCUCAAGUGAAAGCCAAAAGGACAACUGAACCAAGAGGCAUAUAUCCAUCUAUGGUCCCUGGGGCAGGAAUGGGUGUAUGGGAUGGAACCAUAGUUUGUUCAGAAAGCAAGCUGUUACAGCAAAGCAGCUUUCCAGGUGAAGAAGGCUUCAGAAAGCAAGUCAAUACUGGAGACAAGGUGCAUUCCUGCAACUGCCGCUGCAAACGGGAUGUUAAUCUGGAUCCAGAAGAUCUUGAGAAACUCAUUUGCAUGAUUGAAAUGACUGAAGAUGCUUCUGUUCAUGAGAUAGCCACGAAUGCUCUAUAUAACAGUGCUGAUUAUCCUUUUCCGCAGGAAAUUGACCGGAAUAUAGGUGGAAUUUCAGUUAUCCAAAGCUUAUUGGGUAAUCCCUACCCUACUGUCCGCCAGAAGGCUUUAAAUGCCUUGAAUAACCUCUCAGUUGCUGCUGAAAACCAUAGGAAGGUUAAGACAUAUUUAAGUCAGGUAUGUGAAGAUACUGUCACCUAUCCCUUAAACUCAAAUGUGCAAGUGGCCGGACUAAGACUGAUAAGACACCUUACUAUUACUAGUGAGUAUCAGCAUAUGGUUACCAACUACAUUUCAGAAUUUCUCCGUUUGUUGGCUAUGGGAAGUGGAGAAACUAAAGACCAUGUUUUGGGAAUGCUUGUGAAUUUCUCUAAAAAUCCAUCCAUGACAAAAGACUUGCUCAUUGCCAAUGCACCAACAGCACUGAUUAACAUCUUUAGCAAGAAGGAGACAAAAGAGAACAUCCUUAAUGCCCUUUUACUUUUUGAAAAUAUAAAUCGUCAUUUUAAAAAAAGAGCAAAAACAUAUCCCCAAGACAGAUUCAGUAAAAGUUCCCUUUAUUUUCUGUUUCAACGACCUAAAGCCUGUGCCAAGAAACUUAGAGCCUUAGCAGCAGAUUGUAGUGAUCCAGAGGUGAAAGAAAAAGUUGAGGUAUUAAUAAAUAAACUUUGAUUGGCUCUCUGUUCUCCCCAGAGUUUGAGUAACAUUUUGGUUUUACAUCCUGGACAUGAUGUACAUUGUAAAUUGCAUUAGAAUUUUGAAACUAAUGUUGCCUAUAAGGACCUAUAGCUGGACAAUUUUAUGAACACCAAACGAAUUCAAGCUUGUUCUGGAAAUACAUGUGUCAAUUUUUAUCUUGUCUGGAUUGAGAUAUUUUUAGUAUGCUUCAUGAGCAGAAACCAAACUGAUUCUUCAUAAGUAAGGUAAUCUUUGGUCCUUUGUGUGGACUUAUGUUUAUACAUUUGAGACUUUAUUUUUAUGUCAUCAAUAA